GGUUCAUGUGUACAUGCACAUGACGUCCAGUCCGGUGAAGAGUAUCACGCCGUUGCAAGACAACAUCUGUCCCUUGCAGACGCGAUACAAUGAUACUCUGUUGAGGCAUUUUCCAGUGCCACCCAACAUUACGGAGCCAGUCCAGCAGGAGCAAAAGCCGAGCCCCCAGAAGAACGAUACCGUGCGGCCAACCCAGGAUCAGAAGCAGCCAAUCCAGGAGGAACAGAAGCCGCAGGCCCCCCCAAAGGAAGGGAAUCAGUCUGAGACACGCCAGGAGGAGCAGAAGACUUCAACUGCAGAUCACGAGAAUGUGAACCAGAAAGAACAGAAAUGGACUGUCUUCAGUUCGUUGCAUCUUCCCCGCAUCGACCUUGUUCGCCUGUCGGUCCCUGUCGGGACGCUUGCCAUCGCAAUCGCUUCUCGCGUCACCUACAACUCGAUCAUGCAGCGCCGUGCGUACUACAAGAAGCUGAAUGAUGAUUUAGAUGCGAUCAUCAACAGAAAGCCGUUGUGGUAAACCCGUUUUGCUAGUGUUGCAAUAAAGUACGUUCAAUAUCU